AUGGCCCGUGUGUCCGUCUUACUGCUACUUUUCUUUGUAAUUCAGGUCUAUGCGCACCCAUUGAGCUUCCUCCGCAAAUUGUCCGCGACCUCCCAAGAGGGUGGUUGGUUGUGGGGCUGGGUCUGGGGGGCUGAAAGUUCCGUCUCUGUGGUGGACCGAUCACCGCCUCUCACCUUCCAUUCAAGACCUGCGGCUUUUGGCCUGCAACUGGAGGAACCACUCCUAGGUUAUGUCAUUCCAAUGUCUUCAUUCACGACACUAUGCCCAAGCGACGAUACCACACUGGUAGACCAUCAUUCGAAUCCAGGGUGCCCAAAGCUAUGCAUAAGUGGUCCCCACCAACCGGAUCCAAGCGAAUCUUGGAUCGCCCUAGUGCAGAGAGGCCAUUGCACCUUUGUUGACAAAGUCAGGGAAGCUCAGAGGCUGGGUGCCAGGGCUGUUGUCGUAGGAGGCGAAGACCCUGACAUCAGCGGUCUGCCAGACGUUCUCAUUAAUAUGUAUAGUAAAGGUGACGCUUCUGACGUCAAAAUUGCUUCCACCUACAUCAAAUACUCGGAUUAUAAGGAAUUGUCUCUAUUAAUCAACUCGUCUACGACCUCUCAUGCCGGCUUACAAACGCUUUCACUUUUGAUCACGACUCAAUACUCAGCUUGGGAAUGGUAUUCCCCAAUAUUAACAUUUAUCGUCAUCCUAAUACUUCCUUCCUGUCUCACAUUCGUCACACUUCUCAUUCAUCGUAUUCGCAUGGCUCGUGCAGCACAACGUGAUCGUGCUCCGGAAACUAUCGUCAAAAGUCUUCCUUGGCGGGUUUGGAAUGGUACUGGAUGGGAGAAGCAUGAGGGAACCACGACACAUGCAGACCAUCCAACUGCGGCACACGACAGUGAUCUGGAGUCGGGUCCAUCAGAUCAUAGUACGCCGUUGCCCUCCACAUCGCACGAACAAGCAGGCCAUACGCCAAUACCCUGGUGCGAGUCGCAGGCGGAAUGUGCCAUCUGUUUAUCGGAAUUUGCCAAAGGAGAUCGCGUUCGGGAGCUGCCAUGUCACCACAUCUUCCAUCUGGAGGAAGUUGAUUCCUGGUUGAUCAACCGAAAGAAAUUGUGUCCUGUUUGCAAAGCAGAUGUCACCCAGCCCUGGCAUUUUUCCCAAGCAAAUAAGCCACGUGCUGCGCCUACUAAUGAACAGAUCCCCGAUCCUGAUGCAAUAUCCUCGCCCAUCGUUAUAUCUCCUGUUACUGAGCUAACACCCCUGCUUCAUGACCGUACUGGGAGUACAGGUUUGUGA